UGGCACAGCAAAUAUUACGAGUGGAGGUGCAGCUGCCAAUGCCAAGCGAGGUCGUAGUCCUGCUGCAAUGGGUGGCGCUGCUGCGAAGAAGCAAAAGACUGAUGCAAAAGGAACUAAACUACCAACUGAUCAUGCAGCAGCUGCUUCGGAACAGCGACCCCAUAGUUUCACAGUCGACAGCCAGGGGAAUACGACGUCAUACAACAACAAUCACGCUGGACGAGCUGGUGGAGGUGGAGGUGGACCUGCAGGCGCAAAGGGACCACAUAAGGAUCCAAACACGUGUAGCACUUUACUCUCCAGUUGCAUCGAAGAUAAUUUUCUCUACAUGUUGGACAUUUUCGAAGCGAUCUUAUGCAAUCCGCCUGCACAUGAGAAGUUCCAGGAGUAUGCGCCGCUUUUUCAACGUACGUUCGGUCGAUGCUUUCUCUAUGAUCGUGCAAGAGUGUUUGCGAAUUCAGAGACGACGAUACGGCAUACGGUGAAUACCUCUCGAAGGAGAAACACCUGCACAACUUAUGGCAGGAGGAAAAAAUUGUACUACUCCUAUCUUUGACAAAGAACUCAUCCUCACGAAAAAUUAUAACUCAAGGCAGCACGUUCUAACUUUUCGAACGUGCCUCUUUUCUUGAUGAGAUUGAGUAUUCCCGUUAUUUGUCUUUUCAUACACCUGCAGAAACAGUCAUUACGACACGAUCCGUAGCGUCGAGUAGUGGUAGUGGUUGGAGUGCCACAUCAAGUAGAUACACUGGUUCUCAA